CCCACCAGUCCGUGUGCCCGCCUCUCUCAGCAUCCUCACCAUCCCAUGUGCCUUCCUCGUUCUCCAUGCCCCCUGCCUGCCCGCUUACUCCCAGUGCGCCCCACCAGUCCGUGUGCCCGCCUCUCUCAGCAUCCUCACCUUCCCGUGUGCCCUCCUCGUUCUCCAUGCCCCCUGCCUGCCCGCUUACUCUCAGUGCACCUCACCAGUCCGUGUGCCCGCCUCUAUCAGCAUCCUCACCUUCCCGUGUGCCCGCCUCUAUCAGCAUCCUCACCUUCCCGUGUGCCCUCCUCGUUCUCCAUGCCCCCUGCCUGCCCGCUUACUCUCAGUGCACCUCACCAGUCCGUGUGCCCGCCUCUAUCAGCAUCCUCACCUUCCCGUGUGCCCGCCUCUGUCAGCAUCCUCACCUUCCCGUGUGCCCUCCUCGUUCUCCAUGCCCCCUGCCUGCCCGCUUACUCUCAGUGCACAUCACCAGUCCGUGUGCCCGCCUCUCUCAGCAUCCUCACCUUCCCGUGUGCCCUCCUCGUUCUCCAUGCCCCCUGCCUGCCCGCUUACUCUCAGUGCACCUCACCAGUCCGUGUGCCCGCCUCUAUCAGCAUCCUCACCUUCCCGUGUGCCCGCCUCUGUCAGCAUCCUCACCUUCCCGUGUGCCCUCCUCGUUCUCCAUGCCCCCUGCCUGCCCGCUUACUCUCAGUGUACCUCACCAGUCCGUGUGCCCUCCUCGUUCUCCAUGCCCCCUGCCUGCCCGCUUACUCUCAGUGUACCUCACCAGUCCGUGUGCCCGCCUCUCUCAGCAUCCUCACCUUCCCGUGUGCCCUCCUCGUUCUCCAUGCCCCCUGCCUGCCCGCUUACUCUCAGUGCACCUCACCAGUCCGUGUGCCCGCCUCUAUCAGCAUCCUCACCUUCCCGUGUGCCCGCCUCUCUCAGCAUCCUCACCUUCCCGUGUGCCCUCCUCGUUCUCCAUGCCCCCUGCCUGCCCGCUUACUCUCAGUGCACCUCACCAGUCCGUGUGCCCGCGCCUCUCAGCAUCCUCACCUUCCCCAUCCUCUCCUUCCCGUGUGCCCUCCUCGUUCUCCAUGCCCCCUGCCUGCCCAACUUACUCUGUGUGCCCCACCAGUCAGUGUGCCCGCCUCUCUCAGCAUCCUCACCUUCCCAUGUGCCCUCCUUGCCCUUGGUGCCCCGACAGUGA